AUAAAAACUACUCCAUCACAGCACACGCGAAUUAAUAUAUUUUUCACUCUCUUUCUAUUUCUCUCUCUCUCUCUCUCUGUCUCUUGUUGUGGUUUGAAGCUUUUUCUGGCUUUGCCUCUCAUCUUUCUCUCCGAGUUCAUGUGAGCAAGGAGGGAUUUGGUGGGUGAGUAAAGUAGAUUUAGCUUUUUUCAGGUGGGCUUUUCCUUAUCAGUUUUUUUAUUUUUUUAUUUUUCCUGGUUUUUGUGGUCCGAUAUGGAGAGAGAUUUCUUGGGUUUGAGCUCGAAAGAAUCCUUGGCAGUGGUGAAGGAGGAGAUUCACAAUGAUGGGUGCAAAGACCCGGGUGUACAAUGGCAAUUCUCGAACAAGGUCUCUGCCCUUUCUCAUUUGAUGUCUUUCAAGACUGAUGCUCUCAUGUCAUCUGGAAUUACGAAUAUCUCCACUACAGAUGCUUUUGAUACCAGUAAAAAGCGGUCUGUGGCUGAAAUUCAGAAGUUCCUCAAUCACAAUAGGCAGGGUGGCACUCAUUUUUCCCUGACUUCUUAUCAUCUGCAACAUGAUGUGCAUUUGGUGCACCGUCCUCAUGAUGUGAAGAUGUUUUCUGUUGCAAACCAAGCAAUUUCAGCUCCAGUUGGAAACCCUUUCUUCAAGAAUCAUUUUGCUUCUGGUCAGAAUUUGGUUGGCACUACUGUAAAGCAACCAUUACUGCAAGGAAUUCCAGUUACAGCUCCACAUUCAAAUAUCCCCACUGUUGCUUCCAUUGCUGGGACUACUGAGCCAUGGAACGGUGUCAAGGCUUCUGGGUCUCCUGCUCAAUUGACCAUCUUUUAUGCAGGUGCCGUGCAUGUCUAUGACGACAUAACCCCCGAGAAGGUUCAGGCUAUGAUGUUUCUGGCUGGGAAUGGAUCUUCUAUAACUUUUAAUACAGCUCAUCCAAAAGCUCAAGUUCAGGCACCCAGCUCAAAAUUGGCAGUUGGUGAUGGUGUUCCGUUGAACCAGCCGAUAAACGCACAGCCUUGCUCAGGUCUUUCAAGCCCUUUAUCUGUAUCUUCGCACACUGGUGCCCAGUCACUAAGUGGGUCCACUAGCAAUGAUGAAUUGAUGACAGCUAAAACCACUGGAGUUUCAACAACUCCUGUUAGCAAAGCGGAGCCUCAGAAAGCUAAUGUUGUGGGAUCUGUUACUGCAACCCCUAUGUUUCCAUCCGCUGUUCCACAGGCACGUAAAGCAUCGUUGGUGCGAUUUUUGGAGAAGCGGAAGGAAAGGGCAAUGAAUGCAGCACCAUACAACCUUGGCAAGAAUUCUACGGAGUGCACAGCCCAAGAAUGUGAUGGCGCGAACUUCGCCAGUACUGCAGCAGGCACUAGUUCUCUCUCAGAAAGCAAGGAGAAUAACCAUGAUGUAUGAGGCCGGACAAUUAGGAAGGUAUUAUUGCAGAUUUAUGUUGUAUGAGGUAGAUGGAUUCCAUUCUCCUUCCAAGAACUUGUGGACAUGACUAUGUUUAAUCUGGAAACUUAACCAAGUUGCUUAUAUAUAGCUGGUGUACGGCCUCUCCCUUACUAUUUUGGAUGUAUGAUCAGUGCUACUGACACCAUGACAUUUAUCACGGAUUGUAACUGUUCAUGUAUUGUGACAUUGUGGAAAUAAUUGUAUGUCUAAGUUUAUAUA